CACCGCUUGCUUCAAGCUGCAGCUCAGGUAAUGGUGGUGCCUAUUCUCAGGUGGAUCCUCUGAAGGCCAUGGAAUCCUCCACGGGGCCCAGGAUGCCUUUGCUCAAAUACUGCAGCGUGGCCACAAGCCUGAAGGCCCCUGGCUGGGACGGUGCUGCUCCACCCUGGAACCUCUCCUUCACCUACCCCUUUGCCCUCCAAGCACCCUGGCUCACCGGGCACAAGCCCCUUGCAAGGCACGCCUCUUCUUGCCCGUGUCUCCACGUUGCCGACCCAGCAUGGCAGGGGCCUGGCUGGCUGGGAAGAGCUGGAGAUGCUGCCAACACAUGGGUCCUAGCAAGAAGGGAAGCAGAUGGUUUUUACUACCGGGCCCAAAUAAAGGCCGCUCCCGAGCUGGAGAGACAGGGGGUCCUGCUUGUGGAAUUCGAGGCUCCUCUUGUCGCAGGCCCAAAGCUGCCAGCCCAGCAGCAGACAGUGGUCUUAGAAGAGGAUGUCAGUCCUCUCUCACCAUCUGUAGGAUACUCACUGAGACCAGGGGAUAAGGUGCUGGCACUCUGGGAGCCAGGCCAACAGCAGUAUGGCCCUGGCACUGUUCUUUUGGGCUUGGAGAUGAGAGAUCCCCAGAGAGCAUCAAAGGAAAAAUAAAUCACUGUUCAUUUCUGGAAUGGCAAAGCUGCUAAAGUGCCCCUAGGUGGGGUCCAGUCGGUGUCCCUGGCCAUCUGGAAGAAGGCUGUGGAGAGGCUGCACAAGUCUUUCACCAGGGAGCACCCCAGGCCCCUUCACUGGGCCCCUUGCUGCUCUCUGCUAGGGCCAAUCACUGGGCGCAUCACUAAUGAGCUUCCUCCAGAUGCUCCAUUCCGGUGCCCUCUCUGCCACCAUCAUGCCUGCUGCCAGCUACUGUGCCAGGGCUGCCUCUGUGGCUGCCCGCCAUGUGGCACGACUUGGUGGCCUCUAACCAGGACCUCAGAAGUCAUGGCCAGAGAACUUCCAGAGUUGGAGCCCACAGCACAGCUUUUGCCCCUGGAAAGUCCUAAAGAGGAGAAAGUAGCAAUGCACGCUCCCCUGGCUGUUUCUUCCUCCUCAUCCUCCUCCUGUGAACAAGACGGUGUGGAGAAUGAUCUGGAGAUGGGCCCUCCCCAGAGACUGAUGGUGAACAGUGCAGUCAACACAGAUCCCAUCCUUCUUGAGACGCCUCUGAGGCAGAGUGGCCUCUGCCAGCCUGAGUGGAGGUAUUGGAAGAGAAAUGGGCCUGAGCCAUGCCCUGGGAAGCCAGGAACAAGAUAUUCCAACAUCUGGAAAGAAGAAAAGGAUCACAAAGAGCAGAGAGCACAAACUGUAGUAGUGGGGACUACCAAGGAGCUGGUCUCGAAAGCAACCCACACGAAGCCACCGCGGACCCCGCCAGGGGAAGCUGAACACAGAAAGCGCAGUCAGAGCCUUGCAAUAUGUCAGUGGAACAAGAAUUCCCGUUAGACUAAGAGCCCUGAGGAUCUAGGUCAAGCAGAAUGGCUGGAAAGGGGCUUCCUAAGGACUCCUCACAUGGGUCUUAGACCUUUUGGGUCA